GUCUUUUAAUCGCCCUGGAUUUACGGAUAAAUGUAACAAUGCAAACGAAACCAGUUGACUUUUAACUGGGAUUAAUUUCUUUAUAAUUAUUAUUUAUCAUAAUGCAAUAAAUUGUUUAGUUCUUAACGCACUCGAAAUUUAAUCUGGAUUAUCCAUUGUUUCAUUUUCAAUAAGUUUAAAAGAUAAAUAUAUAUUUUGUCUUUUUGUAUUGAACAUUAACAGCAGACCGUACUGUUAAAUUGUUGACACAUAUACGGAAUAAGGAAUAGAAAUAAAAUAAUUACAUUUUGUGAAAAUAAAAAUAAAAAAUAGUGUGUAAUUUGUGUGUACAAUUUGGAAUAACUAAUUGAUAUACUUUGUUUCAUUUGCUAGUAACUUGGUUUAAUACACAUGUGAAGAACGUGCCAACUCUGAGAUAUAAUGGUGGACAGUGACGUCAUUUACGCACAGCUAUGUGACGCACUAAACAACGGUGACGUCGGAGAUGUUGUGUCCCUUUUACGUGACAAUGACGUUGAUAUUGAUUAUCGUGACGUCACACAUGAUCUUCAGACGUUUUUAAUGCGCGUGUGCUACGUAAAUAUUGAAACAGAGGAAUUACUUGAAAUUCUUGAAGCAAUAUUUGAUCACAGUCCGGAUGUUAAUAUCAAAGACUCUUGGGGUAGGACUGUACUAAUGCAUGCGUGCAUCGCAAAUAAACCGGUCGUCAUCGAAGGACUUCUUGAAUAUGAAAAUACUGACGUCACUCAGGUUGAUUUUGAAGGAAACUCAGUGCUAUCGUUUGCUGUACAGAACUGUGAUGUUUUUACGUUAGAGGAUAUUCUCAAACAUUCUUGUGGACCGAAAUUACUUUCAAUUCACAACUUCAAAGGACAAUCACCGUACACAAUCGCACAGAAAAGUGGUGACAAGUCCGUGAUACGAUUGUUUGAUUCUUAUAUGAACAAUACAGCCAGUCUUGAGAAGAAAAAACGACGGAAACCAAGAAAUCGUGACGUAAUCAAACUUCCGCCUACUUACUCACCUUCGCCUGAAAGAAGCGCGAGAAAUCCGUCCGAGAGGAAAGAAGUGCAAUAUGUCUCAAAAUAUCAGUGCAAUAAUGAUCGGCUACAAAGUACAGGAAAUGAACUCAAAUUAGAUAUCAAAGCAACAAAAGAUCUUACAAAUUUCGAAAACGACGCGAAAGGAAAGUGUGACUCCGCGCCUGUUAUUCGAAGUGAGAGAUUGUGCCGGGAGGAAGUAGUCUCAUCAUUAUCAUUAUCAUCACCGAAACUAGCUCGCAGACAUCACAAACAAGAUUGUUUACUUCAAGAAACACUUUUACUCAAUCAAUCACGAAACUUCCCUCAAGUUAAGGCAGAAAGCAAUUUCACGGACGGAAGUGAAGAUAAACUUGAACUUCCGGAAUAUAGUUUCAGGAAACAGAGGCGGCCAUCUUUAUCACUUCCGGACUUGCGCAAUGUGUCGGGAUUUUUAGUUAAUUCCGGAAGCAGCACGCCAACCGAAGGCGGUGAUAUAUCUAAAAGAAGUACCCCGACAAAAAAUGUUCAGAACGAUAGCGAUGACGACGAUGUCUUUUCACAAAGUUGUCCGAGUUAUAGAUCAAAAUCGAAGCCAAUAUUUAAACGGCAGACUAGCGAGAAACACGUGGUUCUCCCGGAUAUAAAUAAAGGAAACACAACUCUGUCUUCCCCAGCAAACAUGAGGAAAGCGGUUGUUUCCCUUGCAAGAAACAGGAAGUACUCGAAUAGCGAUGAUCAGUUACACAGACCAGGUUUUAACAGCUAGGACAAUUUAAGACAAAAAGAUGACUUGGCCCCGUACCGUUUUAAUUAUUCAUUGUGAG